ACCCAUCGCCUGUAUCCUCUGCAUUGGGCUGGGUGUCUGCAGCCAGACUGAAUGAGUCACCAUCUGUGCUUCCCAAUUCUGAAAGAAUGCAACUUUCCUUAGAUAGUCUCAACACGCUGCCGGACUCGACCAAUCCCCGGCGGAGGGGGAAGUCGUGUUUCCGUGUGCCCAUUGCUCUGUGAAAUGAACACAAGUCAGCGGUACAGGCAGGGAAGAAUAUAAGGAUGGUGAAUCUAGGCUCGGCUGAAUGUCUUCUCCGCUGGAUUGUAUUAUUGAGGUGAGAAGCAGCAUUGAUCCCUCGAUCGCCUCCCCCGCUGGCUGACUUGGUACGCUCCUAUGUUAGAGGUUACACUGUGUCUGUACAAUAGCAUUUCCAUCAGCUGCUCUCCUCCUAUGUGUGCUCAGUGAUCGGGAAGUUUGGCGUUGUGAUCCAUCCUUUUUGGUGGGGGGGGGAGAGCAGCACCGACAAAGGAGAAGCAGGGAGCAUCAACACACAGCCUGCGAUCUGCAUUCAGAACAGAUCAAUCUCCCCAGACCCUGGCUUUCUGUUUGAGCAGGGAGGUGGCUGGACAAUAUUCUUCCCUCCCUGGUGAUGAAGGCUUUUUUUUCCCCAACUGCUAAACGGAAUCUGUUGCCCUUAGGAAUGAGACUGCACCAGAGAAGCCAAUCUGAGCCGUGAGACUGAAACCACACGAGGACCAGCAGAGCUAGCACUCUAAGACAACUCCGAUCCCUAGCCCUUGUAUCACUUGAAGACAUGGAUAAGGAGACCCCAACAGAGGAACACACACAAGGUGACAAAGUUACAGCAGUAGAAAAUGACAUACAGCAAGCAACCAUGAGCUCGGACACUCGACUAGAAGCUGAUCAGCUAAGCACAAGGACAGCGGAAGUAACUGCCAACUCCACUUCAUCGGCUGAGAGCCAUGACACCACUUCUCAAAAGACUCAGGGACCCAUUUCUGUACCAGAAGUUGAAGGGCCUUCUCCUUCAUCACAGAUAGCGAGUACUUGUAUUAAAACAGAGGAAGGACCCAGAUUAUCCCUUGAAGAACAGAAUUCCCUGUUAGAAACAGAAACCCCAAGCACAUCGAAAAUGGUGGAAAAUGUCACUACUCCAAAGGGACAGAUCCAGAAGAGUGAUGUCUCGUCUUCACCUGCUGCUGUUUCUCCUACUGCUGCUGUUAGUCCCAGGCAAAAACAAGACGCGCAGAAAGCAGUGCAACGGCAGAAGCAGGCAAAAGAGAGAAGAGAAGAGCGAGCAAAAUAUUUGGCUGCAAAGAAGAGCGUGUGGCUUGAGAAAGAGGAAAAGGCAAAACAGCUCAGAGAAAAGCAAAUACAGGACAGAAGGAAGAGACUGGAAGAACAAAGACUGAAGGCUGAAAGAAAAAGGGUCCUCCUGGAGGAACGACAAAGGUUAAAGCAUGAGAAGAAUAAGGAAAAAUAUGAGGCAGCCGUCAACCGUACUUCUAAGAAGACCUGGGCAGAGAUUCGUCAGCAGCGAUGGUCAUGGGCAGGAGCGCUCAAUCAGAACUCUCCUAAAGGAGGCCCAAACAGAUGCUCCAUAUCUGCAGUGAAUCUUCCCAGACAUGUUGACUCUAUAAUCAACAAGCGACUAUCUAAAUCCUCUGCCACAUUGUGGAACUCUCCAAAUAGAAACAGGAGCUUACAACUCAGUCCUUGGGAAAGCAGUAUUGUAGAUCGGUUGAUGACACCUACCCUGUCCUUCCUAGCAAGAAGCCGGAGUGCAGCAAAUCUUCCAGGAAACAGCAGAGAUUUAAAUUCACUAGUAUGCCCUCGUUCUGCCUCUGCAAGUCCACUAACCUCUUGUAAUGGUCACAAGCAUCGGUAUUCGGAACGUCGUAGGACCACACCCAGCAGCCCCGACAUAACACCCCGGAAACGCAGUGACACAUCUCCGAAAAAAAAAGAGAAGAAGGAAAAAGAUAGAGAAAAUGAGCGUGAGAGAAGUGCCCUGAGCAGAGAGCGCAUCAUCAAAAAAAGACAGUCCUUACCUGCUACAAAGAGCAGAGCAUCUCCCACUUCUAACUUCAGUAUGAAGUCCAAAAACCGCCUGUCCUCCCCUUCCACACCUACCCGGCGCCCAGCUUCACCUUGUCCAGGUCCUUCAGUACCAAACACCCCAAAAGUAACUCCCCCAAAGAGUGCACAGGGGACACCCAAAUCAAAAGCCAAAACAGAGAAGCUAAAGGAAGAAAAAACUCCCAGCAAAGCCAGAGAGAAGAAAUCUGAGCAGAAGGUUGAGAAGGAGAGGCAGCCAUCCCCUGCAUUUCAGCCAGAGGAAGCAAAGACCCAGGAAACACCAGAAAGCACCACUAGCAGUUCUGCACCUAGUACAGAGUCUGUUCCUUCCAAUACCCCUGCUAAUGCACAAGCCCCUACACCUGUGCCUGCUGCAGUAAUUGCACCUUCUCCUGCCCCUUCUCCAAGCAAGCCCAUGGCUGGCACCACAGAUAAAGAAGAAGCAGCCCGCCUGCUAGCCGAGAAGAGGCGGCAGGCUAGGGAGCAAAGGGAAAGAGAGGAGCAAGAGAAGAGAGAGAAAGAGGAACAGCAGAGGAGAGAACGUGAAGAGCGGGCUCUCAGGGAGGCUGAAGAGAGGAUGCAGAGGGAGGCAGAGGCUCGACAACUGGAGGAGCAAAGGAAGCUGGAGGAAGAGGAGAGACAGCAGCGUGAGGAGGAACAAAGAAUGAAAGAAGCUGAGGAAAAAGCCAAAGCUGAACAAGAAGAAAUGGAGAGAUUGCAGAAACAAAAGGAGGAAGCUGAAGCUAGGGCUCGAGAAGAAGCAGAAAAGCAAAGGCUGGAGAGAGAGCAGCAUUUCCAGAGAGAAGAGCAGGAGCGCCUGGAGCGUAAGAAGCGUCUUGAAGAAAUAAUGAAAAGGACAAGAAAAUCCGACACACCAGGCAAAAAGAAGGAAGAUAAGCAAACACUGAAUGGAAAAGAGACCAAACAAGAAUCUACUCCAGUGAAAGCUGAAACAGUACCCACUGAUGUUAUUAUGAAGAUUGAGCUUCCAGAGAAGAAGAUGGUGAGAAUACAAGACAGGACUGCAGCAUCUGACAUAUCUCAGGGGGGGUCUCUGGUGAAUGGGGUCCAGCCUUUCAAACAAGAAAAUGGCUUCUCCUCCAAAGAUUCAUCUCCUGCGUUUGAAGAGGUCAUAACUCUUUCUGAUAUCAGCAGUUCUAAUGGAGAGAAGGGGAUUCCACCUGCAGAACCCAUUAUCGCUUUUGGGGGAAAAGAUACAUUUAUUAAGAAAUCUACUCUGCAGCCCCCUCAUGUAACGGAAGUCCUGUAACCCUUUACAAGGCUGUGUCAGAGUUCCUGUUGGCUGGAAGGUCUUCAGGAUGAUGGUGAUAGGAAGAGCAUUAGGUCUUUGGGGCCAACAUCCUAACGCUUAAACCUUCAUGUUUGUCACCAUGAAAUCGCCACAAGAUUGUUGCU